AUGAGAGCUCUACUUCUGGCUGUGCUAGGAUUUGUGGCUGUUAAUGCGUUCGUAGUUCAGAAACAGGAUAUUGUUGAUGAACUUCGAAAAAUCUCGAAGGAAGCGGAAAGCCUAACCGGCCAAGAGCUUGCCGACUAUGUCAACCAGAAUCAGAAGCUUUUCACGGCCGCCCCAUCAAAAUUCAGUAUGGAGGCGAUGAAGGCCAAGCUCAUGGAUGUCAAGUACGUUGUAGAAUCGGAGGACGCAGAAGAGCUCGUUAUUGAUGCUGAAAUUCCCGCAAGUUUCGAUUCUCGUACUCAGUGGCCAAAUUGCAAAUCGAUCUCCACCAUUCGAGACCAGUCGGACUGUGGAUCAUGCUGGGCUUUCGGAGCUGCUGAAGCAAUGUCUGAUAGGAUUUGCAUUGCUAGCCAAGGAAAGACACAGGUCACUAUCUCAGCCGACGAUGUGCUCUCAUGCUGUGGCAAGAAAUGCGGAAAUGGUUGCGAAGGAGGAUAUCCAAUCGAAGCGUGGAAGUACUGGGUAAAGACUGGAAUCUGCACUGGAGGAUCAUACGAAUCGCAGUCCGGAUGCAAGCCCUACCCAAUUCCUCCAUGCGGUCAUCACAAGAAUCAGACCUACUUCGGACCCUGCCCCACGGACGAGUACGACACACCUGUGUGCACCAACAAAUGCAUCGCUGCUUACAAGACACCUUACAGUGAUGACAAGCAUUACGGUACGUCUGCCUACAACGUUGCAAAGACUGUCGCUGGUAUCCAGAAGGAAAUCAUGACCAAUGGACCCGUAGAGGCUGCUUAUACCGUCUACGAAGGACUUCUACCAGUACACUGGCGGAGUUUACACGUUCAUUUCUUUCAGCACACCGGAGGAGCUGAAGUUGGCGGCCAUGCAGUGAGAAUUCUUGGAUGGGGUGUCGACAACAAGACCCCAUACUGGCUCGUUGCCAACUCAUGGAACACCGACUGGGGAGAGAACGGCUAUUUCCGCAUCCUUCGAGGAGUCAACGAGUGUGGAAUUGAGCACGCUAUCGUCGCUGGUCUGGCUAAAGUCUAA